AUGUCGAAGGUCUUGGGAUCGUUUGUUCAAAAAGCGCAGUCUAUCAAGAAUGCACCCUCCAAAUUUUCUAGCGCCGCGGUGGAAGGCAGCCGCCUUGUUCCUUCCAGAACCAAGGACGCCGAUUUUCAGCUCCGCAUCGAUGCCGGCCAUUACGACCCAGGCUCAAAGAAAUUGAAUGUCGUUUUACAAGUUAAUUCGCAGGCCAAAAGUCCUGUCCUGAAGGACUGGGUCAAGAAAAACACAACACACGCAAAGCUCGCAACCUCGGUAUUCGAUACCGCUGCUGAGGACAAACAAGCAGAGUACGAGAGGGUACUACGUGAUCUUGAAGAGAAAGGCAAGAAGAACCUCGGAUGAGCGUGAUAAGGUUGGCACAAACAUCUGAGCAUAUUAGUUAUAUCAUGCAGCUAACUCAUGCGGAGGUCCUUUGAUUAUGGCAUAGAUCAACCCUGUUGCAAUUAUGUGGAGGAGUUGUGCUAGAUAUCUUGUCCCCAAUGCGCACUAACGGGGAAACCGUAUCAAAUCUAUCUAUUAUUAGACAAUCAAGCACGUAGUUGUUACAGAAACCCUCCAAUAGUAAAGUGACUAUCCGUAAUGUGUGGAGCUGCAUUUUA